GGCAGUGAUAAGAACAUUGAGAACGGUUUCCGCGACGAAUUUUUGAAAAUCUGACUUAGAAGUAAUAUUAUAAUUCACUAUAUUUGUCAUUUUACCUGAUCGUUUGCACAUCUCGUAACGUCUGAAAAGUUAGACAGUUGGUCAACACUUUGAAUUGGUAAAAAUUCAUGAAAUUCGAAUCGAUAUUGAAUAAUCUUCGUUUUGCAACACCGGUUUUUACAUCACAACCGAAAGCCGAAAGUACAAAAUGAGUUUCAACCGCUACAAAGACAUUAUUGAAGAAGGCGACACGGUCAUAUUGUAUAUAAAUCCACAAGCCAUGUACGCUAUACAGGCCCAGUCAGUAAUUGAAAAUCGCAAAGGAGAAAAGAUUGAGAAUGUUAUGCAGACUAAGUAUGGAGCGUUAAAGAUUUCAUCGUUAUUCGGGAAACAGUUUGGAUCAAAAGUGAGUUUGUCCAAUGGGUGGGCUCAUGUUCUGUAUCCAACUCCUGAACUUUGGACACAGACACUGCCGCACAGAACUCAAAUUAUAUACACGCCAGACAUAAGUUUAAUUAUGUUCAUGUUAGAACUUAAACCUGGAAGCAUUGUGGUUGAGUCGGGUACCGGAAGUGGAUCGUUGACUCAUGCCAUGGCCUUUAGAGUAAAACCUUCUGGACACAUUUAUACUUAUGAUUUUCAUGAACAAAGAGCAGAUCAGGCCCAAAAAGAGUUUAAAUCCCAUGGUUUAUCUGAGAAUGUCACUAGUCAAUGCAGAGAUGUUUGUCAAAAUGGAUUUAGUGACGAUGUUACUGGUAAAGCUGAUGCUGUAUUCCUAGACUUGCCUCAUCCACAUCUUGUUGUUCCGUUUGCUAUUAAAGCUUUUAAACCAUCAGGCGGUGGGAGGAUUUGCACGUUUUCGCCAUGCAUAGAACAAGUGAUGCGCACGUGUCAGACGCUGCUGGACCACGGUUUCGUCCAACUGAAGACGGUCGAGUGUCUGGAAAAAGAAUACCAAGUGCUCAACAGGACCGUGACCACGUUCGCCACUGCCAGUAGACCGCCGCCCGCUUCGUUACCGCAGAACGCAAACGAAGAACCCAGUAACGAAAAGAAAUUUUUGGCUUGUAUCCCGUCCGCGUCCCCUCGCGGUCACACGGGUUACCUGACCACGGCCACGUACCUCAUGGAAACCCGACUGCAGCAGGAGGAGGUGGAAAUCGAGGACGCGUGCGAAAAAUGAAAACUCCGACGGCAUCAUAUCGUUGGAUUUCGCCGGGGUAAAGACGUCUCCGGUGUAUCGUCAUACAUAUUAUAUUAUAUAUUAUUAUUGUCUGUAUUAUUAUUUUUUACGUACAAUUAUUAUACAUCGAUACGCGUUUUCCGUAUACGUAUAAAAUGCAUGCGUGUGUAUUGCGCGCGCGACCGUUCCAUUGUACUGGCGCUAUACAUAUAUACUAUAUGUAAAAUAAAUGAUAUAUAUGUAGGUAUAUAAA